AAGUUGGUGCUAUUUCGAUGUUUACUGUUCUGCGAAAAGUUUGUGGUGAAACACUUUAAUUACGUUACGUAUUUUUAGUGCUUUUGACAAGUACUUUCAACAGUUAAGCCCCUGUCUAUACCGUGUUGAACAUGGCUUCAUCGAAUAGGGGCAUACAGAUUGGUUCAGCCUGGUUUCAACGAAAAAUCAACCUUAGGCCGCAGCAUAGGGGUGUUCAUUUAGUAACCGAAGAAAUUCUGAGGCAAAUUCCAGAAAUAUGUCAAUUUUCAGUUGGAUUGUGUCAUGUACUGCUACUCCACACUUCGGCUAGUUUAGCUCUCAAUGAAAGUUGGGAUCCAGAUGUAAGGGAUGACAUGGAAAUGAUGUUAAAUAAAAUAGUGCCUGAGGGACUGCCUUAUAGACACUCCUGUGAAGGACCUGAUGACAUGCCGGCUCAUGUGAAGGCCUGUUUCCUCGGCUCUUCUCUCACAAUUCCUGUCACAGAUGGAAAACUAAAUCUUGGCACCUGGCAGGGCAUCUGGCUCUGUGAACAUCGGGACCAUGCUGGGUCACGCAAGGUUGUUAUCACAAUUAGUGGUUGCCUCAGAGACUCUAGUCGGAGCCCACUGAGUCCAGUGUCACCAAUGGCCUCUACUAGUAGUUAAGGGUUUAAUACAUUCACUACUGUGUCCGCUACUUAACAGCAUUUCUGGCUGUUUAGUUAAAAUGGGGUAAUAGUAUUGAAGUAUGGGGUGCAGUCCUUCUGGCAAGGAGUAUGUAGAAUAAAAAAAAGCAACGAUGUUUUAUUCAGUCUGGGAUAAGUUGGGUUGAGUUGGAGAAUAAUGCAUUGCCCCAUUGUGGUAAAAGGGUAAUAGUCUAACACACACAUUCUUACUGUAUAUACACACAAACCAAGCUAGUGGUUUGUUGCCAGGUGACAAAGAAGUAUCGCGAGUGAAAGGUACUUGGGAGGUCUGAGCUUUUUCCUCGUGAUAUGAGCGUAUGCCACUGAACUAUCAAGAGAAGAUGAGAAGAGGAAGCGUUUUUAACUUACUAAAUGGGUUCUGUUUCUUGCUAAGCAAGAGACUUAACCAGUAGCUGGGAAAGGAAUCAUCAAAGAUUUGGCCUUUCACUGCCACCGCAUAAGAUGUAUACUUUAUUUUGUGAAACACAAAUAAUAAAACGUAUGUACUGUAUUUGGCGUACCACUGUAUGAUGAGAAAGCAGUUAUGUAUGUUAGGAUCCUUCCACAUAUUUGCAAAAAAACAAAGAAAACAAAUACCAAACAAAAUAUUUCAGUACUUAUAUUAUGAGGUACCAAGUACUGAAAAGAUUAUUACUUAUGAUUACAGUCUACAUUAAUUUCCAUCCUUGUAUCACUAUGCCACAACAGGGAAUUUCUGUUAAGAUUUCCAUCAAAUAAGUUGUCUUUUAUUGUAAUGUAUUUUUACUCACUGUGCAAAUUUUAAUAGACUGUUGCUAGAGAAUGUUCUGUAUUGCCAAGGUUCAUUUUGUGUUUGAUUUGCUGCAAGCUUGAAAUGAAUGAAGAUGGAGAAUUCCUUUGUACCUGAUACUUUAAUCCCAAUGAUGAUUGUAGGAAUUUUGUAACAUUUUUCCUUACCAGAUUGUUGUUGACUUCAGGAAACAAUCACAUACUCUUUUUCUGACAGAGAUGUAGUAUAUCCCAAACAGAGUGGCGAAUGUGCUGCUGAAAUUUGUGGUAUGCCACUUUAGUUAGAAGAAGCACAUACAGACACAGUAGCUAUCACAAACCUUCCAUUACACUGAACCUUUUGUGGCAUGCAAAUGGCAACAGAAUUUUCAUAAUAAAAGCUGUAAUUGAAUUAAUUAUUGCUCAGGAGCUGAUAUGGGUUUAUCUUGAUGCCUCAAGAGAAAUAUUUUUGCUUUUUGGGGUCUCUUCUUGAAGUUAAAGUCUAGUGAUUUUGUCCUGUAUGAUAAUUACUUUUGUUUUGAGGUGAAGAAUAAUCUUUGUAGUCACCAUGUAGGGGUCUUCCACAUUGUAUAGGACUUAUAUGAUAUUCAUGUUCCAUAAUAUCUGGGUCUGGAGUGCAGAUGCAUUGUAUUUGUGCGAUCUGGUCCUUUGCUUUUUGCUGACAGGUAUUUGCAUUUCACACGACCCACUCCAGUAGUUGUAGCUGUGAAAGAAACAUUUAUAAAAUAAGCCAUAAGUAGUCACAAGAAGAAAUUCUACCUCAAUUUAUAAUAUAAUUUUACUUCACUGUAUGUAUAUCACAAGUACCAUUUUAUUUCCUUAUGCUAUAUACAGUUCUCAAAAUGGUAAAUGGCAGGUGGGAACAAAAGAAAUUGUGUGUUAAUGUUAGUUGCUGAUGUAACUGACUGAGCAUUCCAUUUAUAUUGUAUAUGUUGCAAGAAGCGUUACACCAUAAACAGCAUGUAGUAUAUCUUUCAUUAUCCUUCUUAGCGUCCUAGGAAGAUUAGAUAUUCACUGCUUUUUUUCGUUUUGAACUCUUGCUAUGUGUAAAAAAACAUCUGGGUUCAUUGUGUUGAUAUCUCCUGAUUUGUUGAGAUAAUCUUAUGGAUACAUUCUAAAUUACAGAAAUGUUUGUACUAAACACAAAUUUUUGAGCCCUGUCUUUGUAAAUUAUUGUAUGUUAAAUAUUUUCAGUAUUAUCUUGAGACAUCAAGAUUGUACAUUCCAGGUUUUAGGGAAAAUAUUUUGAUGUAGUCCAUCAAAUGUAAGGUAUGACAUAAUUGCUAUAGGAUGACAUACAUAUACAGUAAUUUUAAUUUAUCUUUCACUGAAUUGAACCAUGUUUUAUGAAAUUACAUUUUCCUUUCACUGAUUGACUGUAAUGUUCUCUGCUGAUAUCUGAAAUUGCUGACUACCGAAACACUACAUUUUGUGGCGAGAAUGGCUGGCCUAUCAUUAGCAGCCAUAGAACAAGUGAGAGUCUCAACUGCACAAGGUUAGGACAGUAGAGAUUAAUUACUUAUUGACAUAAUAAUUAUUUUUCUACAGACUGCUGAAAUUACAAGGUAAAAGUAGCUAAUAGCAUCUGUAUGCACACUACAACAAUGUGUAUAUUUUUGUAUUGGAACCUUUUAAUAUAAUUGAAGCCAAAAUUAUUUCUGGGACACUUUAGCUGUUCUUGAAUGCCUAAAUGAAAGUACACAUUAAUUUGUUAAAUAUUCAUUACAUUGAAAACUCAUUAAGAAAUUUGUUGCAGUUGAGAAAUGUUUAGUGUUCUAUACCAUUCAUGAGAAAAUACAAUCAAAUCCUGCCAUUAUUUUAAAUGACUAAACUUUCUGGAUCCAUCUGUUGGCAGCAAUAUGAUGAAAUUCUUCUGAAUUGUGCCACAUAACAGAUUCCACUGUCCCUCUGUUUCCUUGCCUCUCUGCAGGAAUGGAGGUAAUGUGUUGGCAAGAUAUCUUGCUAUCAUGUUAACUGUCUUCACAGAUGCUCCCUUGAGUUCUCCCUAUACUGACAGAAUAUACCUCUGGCAGUGUUUUGUUGCUGACAAUAAUAUAUAACACUUUUUUAGUCAAAAGAAUUACUCGCUGUAUGAACAAGCCCAAUUGAUAUCUCUGUUUCUAUGAGAUUGAAUAUUUAUAAUAUUUGUAUUAGGUUUGGCUGUGUUUGUAGAUGUCAUAAUAUACGUUGAAGAUCAAACAUUGAGUUUUAUAUUCAAGGUGAAAGGUCUAAUAUGUUUGUAAAAGAUAGUAAUAGUUACAGUAUGAUUUUGGUUUUAUGGUUUUGGUUAUAAGUUGCUACUCUAGUUGUUUUCUGAUGUUCAGGAAUAAUAAUUUUCGGUUGUGGUUCAUUCUGGUAUAACAGAUUGUUCUUAUACUACAAAGUACAGGAAUAAUGUAAUUCAGCAGUGCCCAGGCUCCACUGCCAGUAAAUUAACAUGGGAAAUAUCCAUCUAAUUUUAUUCUGAUCUUUGUGGGUUCCUCGUGUAAUUAGACAGUAUCUGUUGGAUGUACAUUCCUAUUUUCUGCAUAACUGUUUGUUGCUUUAUUUUAUCGUAAUUGUUAUCCUAUAGCAGUUUUAGUCAAUAUAUAUAUGCCACUUUCUUUGCAGGGAUUGCUUCUCAACUUAGUGGUGAUUUUAAAAUUUGCACUUGUUAUUAUGUUCUUUCAACUGUCAAGUUGGUCAGUCAUGCAGUAUCCUGUUACCCAGAGUAUAUAUCCCCUCUGUAUACAGUAUUCACAAUUUCUUGAGUUUUAAAGGAAAGAUAUAAUUAAGAGUGAGGUGUUCAGAAUAAGAUGUGACUGCUGUGUAGAAAGGUUAUGUAAAAGAUAUUAUCUUCGGAGUUUCUAAGGGAUAUUUUUUGUGUGUGGUGUAGGAAUGGUGUUUCUUUACAUGAUCUGGCAGUAUGAUAGUCGUGGCCUUAAAAAGAAGAAGUCCAAUUUUGUAUUUGUUUGAAAACAAUUUUAAUAUAAACCAUAAUCACUAUAACAGGCCAGUAGGUCCAUUGACCCUCUGCUUGAAGCUGUUACAGCAGUGCUGAUAUCUGUGCAGCUCUUGUGACAUUAAUAGAGCUACUUAAAAUUUCUUCCUGCCAUGACUGUUAGAAUAAUAUGAUGAGAGACUUUAUACAAACCUUUUAUGGUUUACUGCAUUACUUUCCAUCACCUUUCAGUGGUUCACAGAUUGGGACAAUAAAGUGGUAAUAAUUACAUUAUAAAGAGACUUUUAUAUUAAAUAUGCUAAGGAAGUCAGACAGGCAUAGAAGGAAACUGGCAUAUGUACAUAAUGUGAUGGUGGAUAAUAAUGCACAACAGAAUUAUUGGCAAAAGUCCAAAAUUUCUGUUGAAGGUAGACACCUGUUAACGUAUGCUGUGCAGGUCAGGUGUUGUUAUGUCAGAUCCCUUGUAUUAUUGAAGGGAGCAUGAAGAAUUGGUGGAAGUAAUUUGUGUGGUUAUAACCCAGUUUCUGAUAUUUUGAUCGGGGUGAACAUACAGAAACACAUUUUUUUUUUUACUUUUUUUUUUAUUUCCUCAGAACUGGACUUCACAUUGCGCACAUUAUCUCAGUUUUAACACUAUUAUUUAAUUAUGGGUAGCCAGAAACUUGGAAAAAAUAAUAUAUGCCAAUGUUAUGGAUGAUGUGUAAUGGAGAUGGUCCCAUUUUGUUUUUCAUAUUUCCUGUCUUAAAGCAACUUUGCGUAUUUGUUAACUCAUGCACUACUUGUAUGCUGUGUCAGUGCAGCAUGGCUGUUAUCAGUUUGUAUUCAAGUUUAAUGCUCAGUGGAUUUCAUUGCUUUUUAUAACAGCUGAGAACACCACAGUUGUCAUACAAUUUUAUACACAGUACACUUCAAGCUAAUGCCAUCUAGUAAUUGGUUUUACCUACUUCCACGACAACAUAUAAUUCAAUAUAAUCUUCAGGCCUAUACACAGGCUGUUCCAUAGCAAAGCUCGUGUCUUGUAGUGAGUGAACAGCUCGACAUACUUUGGUUGAUGUGGACCAUUUAAGUGUCUGCAGUAAUACCAAUUUAUCCUGGGGGGGUGGAUUCAGAUGGAUGUUAUAUUUUUAGUCUCAUUGUAAAACAAAAAUUAUUCAUCAGUUUGUGUUCAAUAAGAUAGUUCCUUGGAAGUUCAGACAAUAACAUUUUCAUGAUAUCUGUUGGUGACAACUUGAAAUACAAAGGCCAGCUUAUUUGAAAAGUGCUGUCACAAGUCUGUUUUGAUAGUCAAGAUGGGCACCAUCUUGACUAUGAGUCAUUUUUUACACAUUCAGGGGAUUAGCUUUUCAUUAUUUGUAAUAAAGACAAUCUUUUGAUGCCAGUUUUAGAGUAUUGUUAGUGUUUUAAUUGUUUCUUGUGUCAGUGUGCAGACAUACGAGUACUGUUGUGCACAAGAUUAAAUUUUGAAUUUGUAG